UAUUUUUGGCUUAAAUAAAUUUUCCAUUUUUGUUUUUGUUGAUAAUGUUUAUCCAAUAAUUCUUUGCAAAUGUUUUGGAUUCCAUUUCUCGUUUAAAGAUUAAAAAUGAAAUUCAUUUAUAAAUUAUUAAUCAAUUUAGUUUUUUGUCUUUUAAUUGCUUUGAUUCGUGUACGAACCAAUGAUAAUAUUGAUGAUAAUUUAUUAUCGAAUUUGAAUGUUGUUGAUGAUAAAGAAAUGAUGAAAUGUUCAUCACAACAUUGUUCGAAUCUAAAACCCGAAUGUUUUAAUUGUAAUUUUAAUUAUUCUUGUGUUUAUGGAACAAUCAUGAAUACUAGCUGUGUUGUGUCAAAUAUUGAAAAUUCAAAUUGUCAGGAUCCCGAAAAAACAUACUGGAAAACAUAUUAUUGUUCAUUUUGUUAUCAAUUACCACCGGAUCUUUAUUAUUGUCGGCCACAAUAUCCUUGUCAAUUAAAUACACGUAUAAAGACAAUGUGUACAGUUCGUGAUGAUGUUUUUUGUUUGGGUCAUCGAAAAUUUUAUAAAUUUACACGAUGUGAAUAUCAAUCAGGAUAUAAAUGGUCAACAGCUUUAAUGUUGAGCAUUACACUUGGUGGUUUUGGUGUUGAUCGUUUUUAUCUCGGUAAUUGGCAAGAAGGUAUCGGUAAAUUAUUUAGUUUUGGUGGACUUGGUAUAUGGACAUUGAUCGAUGUUAUUCUUAUUGCUACUGGAUAUCUUAAACCAAAUGAUGGUUCAAUUUAUAUGUGAACUCAAAUCUUUUUCUGCUUUUAAACCAAUGUCUUAUGUAAAUAAUCAUUAUUGUAUUUAUUAUCAUCAUUAUUUUUUU